AUGCAUACAAGGAUGGAUACUUCAUUAUCAGAUCCGAACCCUCUCGACUACUCGAAUGCGAAGAUCAUGGAUAUAUUUCCACUAUAUCAAACCACAGUACACUAUACAGCAGUCCCUGUCAAGGCCGAACCGCGAACAAGGCGAGAAAUUCCAGCAUAUGCAUAUGCUAUGGUAUCAAAUGCCAAACAUCACGGUCUUCAAGGUGCGUUCUGUUCUAUCUGGUGUUUGCUAACAUUAUUGAAUGAGGGUAUACAUGAUAUAAAUGAAGAGGACAGGGCAAAUCCAGAUCGAAACGGCUACACUUUAUAUCAUCCAGAAUCUAUUUUCCCCCAUCAUAGGUUUCGGAAUGCUCGAAGAGUGCCAUAUCACUUGGAAAAGUCUCUUCCCAAGUUCAUUCAAAAGCUGGAAGAAUUCCCGUGGCUGUCUGAAUGCUUGUCUAUAAAUAGCGCGGACGAGCGACAUACUGCCCAAGCAACCGAAUUUUGUUCUCUUGAGCUUGAUGCCGGAGCUAUCGAUGCCACAUGGAAGCCGCGUGCGAUCUCGGACCAUCCCGCUAUAGACUGGCCACUCUUGAUGGCAUGCCGUGAUCGUCUCCGGAACGCGGGAGCAUGGUGUUAUUCCCUGUGUUUGAAUCUUUAA